CUGCAUUACAAGAAAAUCCAGAACUGAUGAAGUUCAAGGUAGCGAAUGCAUCGGAAUACCUGGUAAUAACAGGUGCUGGGAUCAAAGACGUGAAGCUUGCGAAGAAAGCAUGGGUGUUGCCAUGGCAAUCAUGCACCACCUUGGACCUUUCUCCGGUAAACUACACGUUCGAGCUCCAAGCCAUGAGCGCCGAGAAGCUCCCUUUCAAGCUUCCUUCGGUGUUCACAUUUGGUCCACGUGUCGAUGAUCACGAGUGUCUCCUAAAGUACGCCAAGCUCCUCUCGUCCCAUGAUAAGCUCUCCAACGACGUUAAUGAUCUCGUCCAAGGAGUCAUUGAGGGCGAGACGCGUGUUCUCGCUGCAUCUAUGACUAUGGAUCAGAUCUUCAGGGGAACCAAGGAGUUCAAGCAAGGUGUGUUCGAGAAGGUUCAGCUGGAACUGAAUCAGUUUGGGCUGCUGAUCUACAAUGCAAAUGUGAAGCAACUGGUGGACGUGCCGGGACAUGAGUACUUCUCUUACUUGGGCAAGAAGACUCAGAUGGAGGCCGCAAAUCAGGCCAAGGUGGACGUUGCUGAGGCCAAGAAGAAGGGUGAGGUUGGUGCCAAGCUCAGGGAAGGCGAGACGCUCCAGAAUGCCGCCAAGAUUGAUGCUGAGACGAAGAUCAUUGCCACUCAGAAGAAAGGCGAGGGCGAUAAGGAGGAGAUCAACGUGAGGACAUCAGUGAAGGUGUUCGAGAACUUGAAGGAUGCAGAGGUGGCAGAGGCAAAUGCAGAGCUGGCAAGGAAGAAGGCGGAGUGGUCGAAGGUGGCGAAGUUGGCAGAAAUGGAGACUACAAAGGCAGUGUCUUUGAGGGAGGCAGAGCUGCAGGGGGAGGUUGAGAGGAUGAAUGCUAAGGCGAAGACUGAGAAACUUAGAGCUGAUUACCUUACCAAGGCAAGCGUUGAGUAUGAGACCAAGGCACAAGAGGCCAACUGGGAACUAUACAAGAAACAAAAAGAAGCAGAAGCAGUUCUUUUCCAGAAGGAAAAAGAAGCUGAAGCACAAAAGAAAUUAGCAGAGGCACAGUUUUUCGCUCGCCAACAAGCCGCGGAUGCACAGCUAUACGCGAAAAAGAAGGAGGCAGAGGGGCUUAUGGCAUUAGGGAAAGCCCAAGGUGCAUAUCUAAAGACACUCCAUGAAGCACUUGGAGGAAACUAUGCAGCUCUAAGGGACUACUUGAUGAUAGAGGGUGGAAUGUAUCAAGAGAUUGCUAAGAUUAAUGGCGACGCAGUACGUGGACUCAAGCCGAAUAUCAGCAUUUGGACGAACGGCAAUGGCGAAGGCAGUGACGGCGGUAGUGCUUUGAAGGAGGUUGCCGGUGUGUAUAAGAUGUUGCCACCUUUGUUUAAGACAGUUGAAGAACAAACUGGUAUGCUGCCUCCAGCUUGGAUGGGAAUCUUGACUCAAAAGAAUACGAAGAUCAUUACCAAACUGAUGAUGUUCAAGGUAGCGAAUGCAUCGGAAUACCUGGUAAUAACAGGUGCUGGGAUCAAAGACGUGAAGCUUGCGAAGAAAGCAUGGGUGUUUCCAUGGCAAUCAUGCACCACCUUGGACCUUUCUCCGGUAAACUACACGUUCGAGCUCCAAGCCAUGAGCGCCGAGAAGCUCCCUUUCAAGCUUCCUUCGGUGUUCACAAUUGGUCCACGUGUCGACGAUCACGAGUCUCUCUUAAAGUACGCCAAGCUCCUGUCGACCCAUGAUAAGCUCUCCAACCACGUUAAUGAUCUCGUCCAAGGAGUCAUUGAGGGUGAGACGCGUGUUCUCGCCGCCUCUAUGACUAUGGACGAGAUCUUCAAGGGAACCAAGGAGUUCAAGCAAGGUGUGUUCGAGAAAGUUCAGCUAGAACUGAAUCAGUUUGGGCUGCUGAUCUACAAUGCGAACGUGAAGCAGCUGGUGGAUGUGCCGGGACAUGAGUACUUCUCUUACUUGGGCAAGAAGACUCAGAUGGAGGCUGCAAAUCAGGCCAAGGUGGACGUUGCUGAAGCCAAGAAGAAGGGAGAGGUUGGUGCCAAGCUUAGGGAAGGCGAGACGCUCCAGAAUGCGGCCAAGAUCGAUGCUGAGACGAAGAUCAUUGCCACUCAGAAGAAAGGCGAGGGCGAUAAGGAGGAGAUCAACGUGAGGACAUCAGUGAAGGUGUUUGAGAAUUCUAAGGAAGCAGAGGUGGCAGAGGCAAAUGCAGAGCUAGCAAGGAAGAAGGCGGAGUGGUCGAAGGUGGCAAAGUUGGCGGAGAUGGAGGCUACAAAGGCAGUGUCUUUGAGGGAGGCAGAGCUGCAGGGGGAGGUUGAGAGGAUGAAUGCUAAGGCCAGGACUGAGAAACUUAGAGCUGAUUACCUCACCCAGGCAAGCGUUGACUAUGAGACCAAGGCACAAGAGGCCAACUGGGAACUAUACAAGAAACAAAAAGAAGCAGAAGCAGUUCUUUUCCAGAAGGAGAAAGAAGCUGAAGCACAAAAGAAAUUGGCAGAGGCAGAGUUUUUCGCUCGCCAACAAGCCGCCGAUGCGCAGCUAUACGCGAAGAAGAAGGAGGCAGAGGGGCUUAUGGCAUUAGGGAAAGCCCAAGGUGCAUAUCUAAAGACACUCCAUGAAGCACUUGGAGGAAACUAUGCAGCUCUAAGGGACUACUUGAUGAUAGAACGUGGAAUGUAUCAAGAGAUUGCUAGGAUUAAUGGCGAUGCGGUACGUGGACUCAAGCCGAAUAUCAGCAUUUGGACAAACGGCAAUGGCGAAGGUGGUGACGGUGGCAGUGCUUUGAAGGAGGUUGCCGGUGUGUAUAAGAUGUUGCCACCUUUGUUUAAGACAGUUGAAGAACAAACUGGUAUGCUGCCUCCGGCUUGGAUGGGAACCUUGCCUCAAAAGAAUGCGGAUCAAGCUUCUUUAAAGUGAAAAGAUUAGUAAAGUGAUAAACAUGAAUGAAAUAUCAUUUUAAUAUUUUACCAAUUUCUAUAGUUUAGGAGAUUUCGUCAAAAGAAUGUUUAUAUUAUGUGUUAGCUCAUCUACCAUUAAUAUGACAUGAUUAAGUAUUAGUUCUCCUCCAUAAAUUUGUUUAUUAGGCUA